AUGGAAAUUCAAUCAGAUUCAACAAGCAAUUUCAAGCUAUGGAACGAAUUGGAAUUACAUGAAUUCCCCAACAAAUUUGUGAUAAAAUCCAUUGAAUCGCCAGAUCAAGGAUUCUCCAUUAGCCGCUUCGACGGGAACAUUAAUAAACUCGACGAUGAUGAGGGUUCUGGAAGUUCUUCUAAAGUCUCAACCUUAUAUGGGAUAGCUGGAACAAUUAGGUUGCUAGCAGGUACACACUUACUAGUUAUAACUUCCAGGAAGGAUGUGGGAACUUAUCUUGGUUUUCCAGUUUUCCGGGUCACAUCUAUGAAGUUUCUAUCCUGCAACGAGGCUUCAAGGUUCUUAACCAGUCAAGAAAAAAAGGACGAAGCUUACUUCAUGACUCUGUUGAAAAUAGUGGAAUCAACUCCAGGCUUAUAUUAUUCUUAUGGGACAGAUAUCACACUCAAUUUGCAGAGAAGGUUUAAGCUGGCAGAAGGGUGGAUGAGUAGACCAGUUUGGAAGCAGGCCGACCCACGAUUUGUUUGGAAUAGAAAUUUACUGGAGGAGCUUAUUGAGAACAAGCUUGAUAAAUUUAUCAUCCCCCUAUUACAAGGAAAUAUCCUUUAA